GACAGACAAGGCUCUGUCAUCUCUGUAAAAGCCUUAAAUUAACUGGCUAAGAGUCAAUUAUACUGCAUUGAACUGCGUGUGCCUCAGCCUGGGGUAUCUGGAAGCAUAUCCGGUGCUCUACAUCCAGGAAACUACCAUCCCACUACUUGAAAUUGCUACAUAUUAUUCUGGAUCUAAAGAAAAUGUCUGCCACAGAGGAAAGCAAAUCAGGUCAGGAGAGAUUCCUGGAAGAAAUGAAGAGAGUCCAAGCGGAAGCUAAGAGCAAAACACGAGAAGAGUUGUUAAUGAUUUAUAAGGGCAUUUCCUACCCCAGCUGUAUUUGCAGUGAGCAGACCUUUCAAGCUCUGGAAUCCUUUGAAGCCAGAGAGGAUGAUUUGCUGAUUGUAACAUAUCCAAAAUGUGGGACAAAUUGGGUAAUAGGUAUACUGCAUGAAAUGUUGUUCUUCAUCAAUGGUAAAGAGCCUACUAUAGACCAAGCUAUAAUUGAAUUUGGAAAACCGGAAAAAGUUCAGAUUCUGAAAGAAGCAUCGUCCCCAAGAGUGUUUGCAACACAUUUGAAUUAUAAGGACAUCCCCAAGUCUUUUUUGGAAAAGAAAGUAAAGAUCUUGUUGAUCCUUCGUAAUCCUAAAGACACGGGGGUCUCUUACUUCCACUUCUGUAAUAAUAAUCCAGUACUUCCCAGCUAUGACUCAUGGGAUUUGUUUUUUGAUGAUUACAUAAAUGGAAAAGUAUGCUAUGGGUCAUUCUUUGAUCACAAUGUGGCAUGGGGAGAGCACAUUGAUGAUGAAAAUAUUAUGGCAAUUACAUUUGAAGAUAUGAAACUGGAAUAUGCUACGUAUCUGAAAAAAAUAUCUGACUUCUUUGGACUCUCCUUGUCAGAGGAACAACUUAAAGUAAUUGAAAACAAAACUACCUUUAAAUCAAUGAAAGAGAAUUCAGAAGGCACGCAUGGAAAACUUGGAAAUACUUUUUUCCGCAAAGGAGAAAUAGGUGACUGGAAAAGUCUUUUUACUGAAGCACAAAGCAAAGACGUUGAUGCAAAGUUCGAACAGCAUCUUGCAGGGACUAAGCUGGGAGAGAAAUUAAACUAUAAAAAAUACUGUGAAUAUUAGAAAAUGUUCAUUUGAUUCACUCCUUUAGAAAACAAAUAUUACUGAAUGUAUUGGGGAUUCAUUUCAUUCAGAAAUAACACACCCUAUGUUUUUGUUAAUCAAACAAAAGAUACUAAAUAAAAUACUACACUCA